AUGGGUUCAGAAGGUCUUGCACUGUCAGCAGUAACAGUUCAUGUGACAGGUUUUAAGAAGUUUCAUAGAGUUGCCGAAAAUCCAACAGAGACAAUUGUGCGUAAUCUGAAAGAAUACAUGGAGAAGAAGGGUUUACUAAAGGGGCUGGCGUUAGGGAGCUGCGAUUUUCUUGAAACUGCAGGACUUGGGGAAUUUGCUCCUCUUCAUCAGAAGCUGCAAUCUGCCAUUAACGGGAAUGAUUCAGAAUUGCCAAAUUCUAGGACUGUUAUUUGGGUCAGUUGCUCAAUACUUUCUUCUUCACAGUUUGUCGAAUAA